AGAUUUCAAAGUCAAAAAAGAAAACGUCAAAAUCAGCAAAUUUUCGGCUAACGUAUGGUGCAAAUUUCUCGCAAAUGCAUGAAAACAACUGAUUUUUUCAUAAUCGGAUCAUGCUACGAAGCAUUUUUAGCUUCGUUUCAGCUUAAUUCAACGGAUUAUUGACUCCUCGGAUAAGAAAUACAACAAUACGAAAUCGAAAGUCGUUAUUUAUUGCUUCGCAAACGCGGAUGAAAAAUUCAAAAUGAACUCACCUAUGAGCUCGAAACAGAAUAAAGUUCUGCAAAGUUUGGAAUAUUACGAAAGAAAACGCAUUGAAUCAAAAAAAGAGCGCUCGUUUUCGAUUGAAACUGAACACGGAGAUGUCGUAACGUGCAAACAUGAAAGUGAAAUUAACAUUAUUCCGAAAGGUCACAAACCCGAAUUAAACAGAGUCAGUUUUAUCAACACUUUGGAAAGCAGUCGUGAUGAUAAAAAUAGAGAUGCAGAAGUCCAGCCCAACGUGCGAGACUUGAUGAAGAAUUUGACCAGCAAGCGAAUUGAAAUAUCUUCAAAAGGAAGAGAUCAAAUAUCCAUGCUUCUGAAACAAAUUCAAAAAUUGAAAACUGGUCUACAACGCCUACAAGAAAUUGCGACGCAAUUCAACUGUUCUGAACGGUUUAAUGAAGAUAUAAAUUAUUUGAUAAACGCCAAGCCACUGUUGCAGAAACAGUCCCGAACAGAUGAUGUCCUUAAUGAGAAUAUGUCCCGUAAAAUGUAACUCUGUAACACCAAACAAUGGAGUGCUCACUGGUACUGUCUUGUUAAAAUUGUCUAUAAUUUAUUGCUGAAAUACAAAAUCACAUAAUUUUAGUGGCCAUUAUAAUGGAUUUUAGGAAAAUUGUUGUAACACUCAUGUAAUUGCGUAAAUAAAAUACAUGUCUGUAGUUAA